AUGAUUGGUUCUCCUGAGGACAGUGGUGAUAAAAAGGAUGUGGAUGGUGCUCAUUACGGCCUGUGGAUGAUAUGAUUGCUUGAUGAGAAUGGUAAUGAUCCUACCUGGUUGAUGCAAAGUGUCAUUGGUCGCCGCCAACAAGGAGGUCAAGCUACAGGUCGGAGAGAAGUGGAGGAGGGCGAGGGGAGGGAAGGUCAUCUCGCUCCUCACGUUCUCACAGACACCAUUAAGGGGCAGACUGCAAUUACAGUGGUUUCUUGCUCCUUGCAAUGGCAAGGUUUGUGAAGGACAGGUGCUCUACUUUGUUUCCUUGUUCAGGAGUGGCACAGAAUAGUAUGUGUGUUUGCUACCUUAGGUAGGUUGGUAGAAUGAUCAGACAACUUAUGAGAGUUGAAAGUUUAGUGUUCUGUUGAGUUCUCAGUAAUUUACUAGUUUCUUGUUAAUGUUAUCAUUGUUUCAAUAUUCAGUAAGACAAAUUUAAUAUUGAUUUGACAUUUUGACCAAUUUUCUUCAACUUUUUAAUGUUUGUAUAUGCCCCUCGCUUAAUUUGAACAUUUUGUUAACAAGGUUUUUGUGUGUUUAAUUGAAUGGGACCGAGAAUUGUUUUAAAGAAAAUGUAUGCUUGAUGGCGACUUAACACACUACAAAUUUGUUGGAAAACUAGUAGUUAGCAUUGUACUUUUGUUCAAGAAACAAUCUCAGUGCUAUCUGUGAAUGAGGAAAGAUGUAAAAUGUUAUUUACCAACCUUCCUGUGCCAUAAUUAUCUUAAUCUAACCUGUGAACAAUACCAUUUAUAAGUGUUUAAGAAUAAAAGACCAAAUAAAAAAGGCUGCUAUCUGAAGAGGAAUAUUGUGCAAUUAGUUUAAAUUAAAGCUCUUGGAAUUGUUCAUGUGUAAAAGAUUCUAUUUGUAAUAUGUGGUGUAUUGUUAACAAAAAGUCAAAGGAUGCUUUGACUUGGAAUUAUUUCUUAUUUUUUCUUAAUCUUGAAGCUUACACUCAAAUUUUUCUCAUUUAGACAUUUUGAAAAGUUGUAAACCAACAAUAUAAGAAGCUCUCUAUUGAUGCUUGUUUCAAAGCAACAGAAAUAUUUUGCAUUUUCAUCAUUAAUUAACUCUGGUUUGAUUUGGGAAGUUCCUUAUCUUGCAGAUUAACUUUUGUGUUUCAGAAAAUAUUUAAUAUUCUCCUCAUUUUAAUAAAAAAUUCUCUUGUUUUCUUUGGUGUUGAAUUUCACCACUAAGCUUAAAUUUUCAAAACCUUUUACUUGACAUCACGCAGUAAUGAACAGAAGACGUUUCCAAACAAUAAUUCUAAUGUUAUGUAUGUUUUUCAUGAUAGUCGAAUUAGAUGGAACCAUUUAGUAAACAAAAUUUGUAAGCUGUAUGUGAAUGUGAUGGAAGAAUUUUAUGAAAUAUCUUGUGUAACUGUAGUAUGCUUCUUCUGCUGGGUGGAUUCACAAUCAUACCUUCUUUUUUUAAUUUUUUUCUUCUGUUGCUUCGCUUCAGUUUAUUUUGGAGAGGUAAUGAAAAAUUCGGAAUGGAUGUUAAAUCUAUUGACAGUCUUCCUCACAGAUAGUCAAAAUUAUUAGUUCCUUAAUGCAGUGUUAUUAAAUUGCUUUGUCACAAAAAUGGAAAAAUUGAGAGGUAGUAACAUGUGUAUAGCAGAGCAACUUUUACAUUGUUUAAAUUUUACUUUUAACUGUGUAAAUUCAAGAAUUUUGGAACAUGUUACUGACUUGCCCUGCAGGUUAUUUUGCAAUAUUUUUUUAUUUUUGAAGGAUUUUGAUGUGCAAAUUACAAUAUUUUUCAAAAUUGAUAGAAUCACAGUAUUGAAUACAGUGGAUCUGAAAUUUAACAGCACAUAAAAUGCAAUGGGGUGAGAUGAUACAGUGUACAUUAAUAAGCAUUAAUGUAUAAGGAAUUUCGUGUGGCCCAAAUUUUUCAGUCUUUGAGGGCAUGUUUGACAAUAGAAUUUUGCAGAGAAAAUUUGAGUUGCAAUGAUUUCACCACUAUUGCAGGAAUAGGAAGACAAUACAGAAACAUAAAUUGAGAGUGCAUGCUGACUUGCUUCAUUUAUACUGUUUUGAAACAUUGUAUUCAGUUGAUGUUAGAAGUACAGUAGUGUGUUUCAAAGUUGUAUCUGUUCAGAUCUCCUAGAUGUUAAUGAAACUUGUGCGUGACUGUGUUAUGCUCCUCAAGGAAUUCUUGAAUACCAAAGGACUUCUGAAGUAUAGUGAAAGAACUGAAUAAGUUUAUCAUUACAAUAAUAAUUUUUGUUAUUAUCUUGUCUAAAUUUGCUUAUGAAAAUCUUUUGUGUGUAAUAGUGCCAGUUGCACCAAACUUGAUUUAACUAAAACUGUCACUGUUGGUUUUGGAUAUACAGAAACAGCCAUGUAAUCUGACCUGUAUAUAUAAAAUUAAGAAAAUUAAAAGUAUUUAGUUAAACAUAAGAUGAUGUAUGGGAAUUGGAAUUUAUCAUGCCUAUAACAUCAGAUUUGACAGUUGAAACGCAAAAACUGGUUGUUUCUGUAGAGGAAUUUGAACUUUCACCACUAGCUGCAUUUUUGAUUUGAAAAGUUCAUUAUUAUAAAUUAUAUUCUACACACGCAUUCAGGACAUUCUAGUAUCUGUGUUGUGUCUUGUGAUAUUUCAGAAGAAGAAAAAAAUGAUUAACAAAAGAUCAUAAGAAUAAGUUAUGAAGUGCAGUUUGCUUUUGUCAGGAAAGUAAGAAAUGAGACAUUACAGUUUUAUAGAGAAGAGGUAUGAAACAAAUACAAUACUUACAAGUAUAUCUUUGUUGAAAGGCAGUCACUGUUGUAAAGGCAGUAAAUUUUAUCUUAGGAGUUCAUUUUAUACUAGAUGAGUGAAGGCAAAAAUGGACAGAACAAAGAUCUAGAAGCAAAUAAAGGGACAUGUUUCCCAAUCGUAGUAGUAAAAAAUGUGAUGCCCCAGAUUUACAAGCAAGCUGUUCUUCUAAGGAUAUAGUUCUCCCCUUAAGUAAGUUAGAAAGGGGAUAUGGCACAUUUCUUUUAUAUGUAAUCAGGCCCUGGAAGGCAAAUAAAGAUGGAAAAGACC